AAAAAAAAUCAACAAUAGAUAUAUUUGGCGCGAGUAUUGGUGACGUGAUCAUGAAAAUUUUAUGAGUGCACAUUUUCGAUUAAUAAUUUCUAAACAAAAAUAGGUGUGAUGUGCCAGUAUUAAAAUCCUAUGACACAAGCUAACAUCUGGUGCAAAGACAAGAUUUAUUGGAUUAAAAAAAAAGAACCAAUAUUUUCGUUUGCCGCCAGUAUUGAGAAAGCAGAAAUCUUGUUGGUGAUUAAGGAAAAUUGUGUCCGCACCUAAAUGAGUGAUGUCAGACGCCACCAACCCGUCCGCUGGCAGCGGUCCAUCCACAGCGUCCACUACAACCUGCCUCGCCAGGAGACGGUCAUCACGAAGCCCCUCAAGAUGCCUUCCGAGCAGGAGAUCCAGGCUUACGAUAGGCAGGUAGCAGGGCACACUGCUACCAACGGGAAGAAGUACUUAGGUCUCCUGCAAUGCAACGAUGGUACGAUCCUGAAACCGAUCAUCAAAGAGUCCCAGCGCCGCGAGAUGGAGUUCUACGAGCGGGUCUCAUCAGCCACGGAGUCAGAUUUGGUGGAACUGAGUCGGCUGGUACCACGAUACGUGGGCAGUAGACAUUAUACGUAUAACGGACACCAACAGCAGUAUAUAGUGCUGGAAGACCUGACGCAGAAGAUGUUGGAGCCGUGCAUCAUGGAUGUUAAGAUUGGUCGACGUACAUGGGACCCGCUAGCCACCGAGGAGAAAAUAAAAAACGAACAAACAAAAUACGCGCUAUGCAAACAGGAAUACGCGUUCUGCAUUCCCGGCUUCCAGGUGUAUCGUCUGGCCACGGGACAGCUACACAAGUACGGCAAGGACUACGGCAAGAAGCUGCACGGCGAGAUGGUCAGAGAUGCACUGAAGAAAUACCUGAACGUGUCCGAAGGCGUGGUGUGCCGUGCUCUGUUGCUGCGGAUCCUCUCGUCUCUGUGGCAGAUACAGAAGUGGGCGCGAACGCAGCGCGCUGUCAAACUGUACAGCACCUCUCUAUUGCUUGUCUAUGACGCUGCCAAACUGAGGGAGUGUUGUGUGAAGGAGAAGAUCAUCCCCCAACCGAAAUCGAGCUGCCAGCCGCCGCUGCGCCGGCGCAGCUCCAUCCACUCCACGCACAGCCCCGCCGCCGGCGCCAGCUUCAGCGGGCAGCUCUCGCACGCGGGGCCCGUCUACAAGAAGGUCAGCCCCGUGCCCCUCGCCCCCCUCACACCCGCACUACUCCCCUUCACCCCCCCGACACCCAUAAACACCCCCUGGAACGACGUUCUAGAAAAACUCAACCACAAUCACUCGUUCGACCACAAUUACGAAGAUAAACUGUCCAAAAUGAAAAUGAACUUCAGAGCGACGUUAGACCAAAUGUCGAGCGAUACCCCCAACCCUAACCCCUGGGGGACCGUUAAGAUCAUAGACUUUGCGCACGCGUUCUUCAAUGAAGACGAUGACGCGACCACUGACGACAAUUUCAGCGAAGGCAUAGACAAUUUCGUCAAGAUUUUCGAGUCGUUUCUGAGGGAGACAAGCGAUCAAAUUAUUUGAUUUUUCGUUUUGUUCGUAUGUUGGUUAAAAAGGUUGUAUUAGAAAUUUAAUGUUCCUAUAAAGCUCAUUUUUUUAAAGUGUUGUCAUUGUGUUUUUUCAAGCAUUUCAAGUUGUAUUUAAAGAUUUAAUAAGAUAAAGUAUUAAUAAAAGAAUUUAGAGAUAAAAUAAUGAUGUUCAAUGAUCUCUAUAUCUUAGUAAUGACAAAAAUUGUGGUAGUGAUUUGCAAGAUAUACAUAUUUGUUAAUAAAUUGUUAUGUUUGAAUAAUUAUUGUAAAUUUUGUAAGAGGAUUAUUGUUAUCAAAAUGUUUAAGUGUUAAAAUAUUAUAUCUACAUUAUAAUUAAAGUUGUACUUGCUCAAAAUGAGAACAGUUACUUGAAGUUAAUAUUUUUCUAUACGAUAUGUUACUCCAUGUAAUAUAACACUAAGUAAUAAAUGUAUUAACUUUUAAAUCUUCUUAGAACAAUUAAAGUAUAUGCAUGCUGAAAAUUGAACCUUAUUGUCAUAGAUACGUAGUGCCAGUUGUUACUAUGAUUUAUUGAAAUUUCCCAUAUAUUAAAGUAUUGAAAUCACCUUAAUAAAACUAUAAUAAAUCUUAAUAAAACUAAUUAAGUAUUAUGCAGUAUGUAUUCAGCAAUGUACAUAGACAUUAAUAAUUUAAUAGACAAUUCCUCCUCUUAGUUAAGACGUCGCCCAGCUGUGGAUUUCAAGGCUAUACGUACCAUUCACAUCACGUCUAAAUCCCUUGCGGGAUAGACAUUGCCUUGGAAAUAUUGAAAGUCCUCAUUCAGCUGUCAAAGCGAUAAUUAAACAAAUUCAGGAUAUGAUAAUGUUAUAUUAAAAUAUAUUGUUCUUGUAUAAUUCUCUGAAACUUCUACGUUGUUAACCUAAAAUUUAAUAGUUGAUUGUAUGAACGUUUUUUAGUCAUUAAAAUAGUUAAGAAUGA